CAGACGCUGACAGAAAGCAGCUUUACAGGAAAAUCCAGUUCUGAGCCCCAGUGAGCAUCGCCAGUGGUAGCAGUGGCAGAAAACAACACCUUAAGAGCAGGACGAACAAACAUUGAGAGGAAUCAAGACUCAGAAGGGGAACCCAUCCUCCUCUGGACCACGCAAUACUACAGUACAGAAAAGGAGAAAAACAGGUUCCAGCUGUGACCUGCCGGAGACAUGAGCUCCACAAUGAGUUCCUCUGAAGAAGAACAGCACACAGAGAGAGAGAAGAGUGGGAAUCAGACGGAGAAACCAGACUCACCUGAGCCCAGCUGUGUGUCCAUGAGGAGUGAUGACUCAAUGGAGAAAUCAAGAAACUUCAGAGAGGGAGACAGUUCUCCUGCUGUGAGUGGGAAUCAGACGGAGAAACCAGACCCACCUGAGCCCAGCUGUGUGUCCAUGAGGAGUGAUGACUCAAUGGAGAAAUCAAGAAACUUCAGAGAGGGAGACAGUUCUCCUGCUGUGAGUGUUCAAAAGGAAAAAUCAAAAGUCUCCACCAGGCAUAAUUUGGAUUCCAUAUUUAAGGAUCUGGAGCACAAAAUAAUCUCUCUGGUGAAGAAAGAGCUGAAGAGGUUCAAGAAGCUGCUGAGUGCAGAUUACCCAGCAUGCUCUGAGAGAGAGGUGGAGGCUGAGGAGGAUCAGAGCAGUUCCAGAGAGGAGGUGCUGAAGAUCACACUGAACAUGCUGAGGAACAUGGAGCAGACAGACCUCGCUAACAUCCUACAGAGCAAGCCGAUUUCUGCACAUCAGAAAAAAAUCCAAAUCAACCUGAAGGAGAAAUAUAUGAGAAUUAAUGAAGGAAUCUCACAGUAUGGAACACCAGUCCUUCUGAAUGAGAUCUACACAGAGCUCUACAUCACAGAGGGAGGGAGUGGAGAGGUCAAUGAAGAACAUGAGGUCAGACAGAUUGAGGCAGCAUCCAGGAGACCAGCAACACAGAAGAAACCCAUCAAAUGUAAUGACCUCUUUAAAGACAGACCCAUCAGAACUGUGCUGACUAAAGGAGUUGCUGGAAUUGGUAAAACAGUCUCAGUGCAGAAGUUCAUUCUGGACUGGGCCGAAGGAAAAGCAAAUCAGGACAUCCUCUUCAUAUUUCCACUUCCUUUCAGGGAGCUGAACAUGAUCAAGAACAAAAAGCUUAGUCUGAUUGAACUUCUGAAUGACUUUUUACCAGACAGAAAAUUAUUACAAUCAAUAGACUUUGAAUCUUACAAAGUCUUGUUCAUCUUUGAUGGUCUGGAUGAGUGUCGACUUCCUCUAGAUUUCCAGAACAAUGAGAGCCUGUGGGAGGUAACAGAUUCAGCCUCAGUGGAUGUGCAGCUGACAAACCUCAUCAAGGGGAACCUGCUUCCCUCGGCUCUCCUCUGGAUAACCUCUCGACCAGCAGCAGCCAAUCAGAUCCCUCCUGAGUGUGUUGACCUGGUAACAGAGGUACGAGGGUUCAGUGACCCUCAGAAAGAGGAGUACUUCAGGAAGAGAAUCAGUGACCAGAGCCUGGCCAAUAAAAUCAUCUCACACAUGAGGUCCUCAAGAAGCCUCUACAUCAUGUGCCACAUCCCAGUCUUCUGCUGGAUUGCAGCCACUGUUCUAGAGAGAGUGUUGGGUGGAGCAGAGAGUGGAGAGAUCCCCAAGACUCUGACUCAGAUGUUCACCCACUUCCUGAUCUUUCAGAUCAAACACAAGGACCAAAAGUACCAUGGGAAAUGUGACCCUGAUCUUCAGCAGACCAAAGAGAUGAUUCUGGCACUGGGAAAACUGGCUUUCCAACAGCUGGAAAAAGGCAAUCUGAUCUUCUAUGAGGAAGACCUGAGAGAGUGUGGCAUUGAUGUCAGAGAAGUGUUAUUGUAUUCAGGAGUUUGUACCCAGAUCUUCAGAGAGGAGUUUGGGCUGCACCUGGGGAAGGUGUUCAGCUUUGUGCACCUGAGUGUUCUGGAGUUUAUGGCUGCUUUAUAUGCAUUUCUCUCCUUCAUCAGUGGAGAAAGAACAAAACAGCUGAACACUGAUCUUUGUGAUAUUUUCCAACAGUCCGAACUGUCAGACUUCCUCAAGUCUGCAGUGGACAAGGCCUUACAGAGUGAGAAUGGACACCUGGACCUUUUCCUUCAGUUCCUUCUCGGCCUCUCGCUGGAGUCCAAUCAGACUGUCUUACGAGGCCUAUUAACCCAGACAGGAAGCAGCUCUCACAGCAAAGAGGAAACAGUCCAGUACAUCAAGGAGAAGAUCAGGGAGAAUCCCUCUCCAGAGAAAUCCAUCAAUUUGUUCCACUGUCUGAAUGAACUGAAUGAUCAUUCUCUACUGCAGGAAGUUCAGUCAUACCUGAACAGAGGAGAAUACUUUAGCCUCCGAGGACUCUCCCUCUCUCCUGCCCAGUGGUCAGCUCUGGUGUUUGUGUUGCUGAACUCAGAAAAAGAGCUUGAUGUGUUUGACUUACGUAAAUAUGGCAGGUCAGAGGAAUAUCUUAUGCAGUUGCUGCCAGUGGUCAAAGCAUCAAGAAAAGCUAUGCUUUUUGACUGUAGCCUCACAGAGAAAAGCUGUGAAGCGCUGUCCUCAGUUCUCAGUGCAAAGUCCUCAUGUCUGAGAGAACUGGACGUCAGUAGAAACAAACUGCAGGAUUCAGGAGUGGAGCUGCUCUUAGCUGGACUGAAGAAUCCAAACUGUAAACUGGAGAAACUGAAGCUGCGCAGGUGUGAUCUCACAGAGAAAAGCUGUGCAGCUCUGUCCUCAGCUCUCAGCUCAAACUCCUCCAGUCUGAGAGAACUGGACCUCAGUAAAAAUGAACUGCAGGAUUCCGGAAUGGAGCUGCUCUCUGCUGGACUAAAGAAUCCACACUGUAAACUGGAGAUACUGAAAUUGGAAAGAUGCAGAAUUACAAAGAAGGGCUACACUGAUCUGGCUUCAGGGCUUAAAUCAAACCCCUCUCACUUGAGAGAGCUGAACUUGAACUCUAAUAAACCAGGACAGUCAGGAGUGAUUGUUCUCAUCAAUCUACUGGAGGAUCCACGUUGCAAAUUAGAAGAACUAAAUGUUUUGAUGUAUCAUUUCUCUCCCAGCAUGUGUAACUGUAAUCUCACAGAGGAAAACUGUGCAGCUCUGUCCUCUGCUCUCAGCUUCUUAAGUCUGAGAGAACUGAACCUGAGUAACAAUAAACUGCUGCAGGAUUCAGGAGUGGAGCUGCUCUCGGCUGCACUAAAGAAUCCACACUGUAAAUUGGAGACACUGAAGAUACAUGGUUGUAAUAUCACAGAGAAAGGCUGUGCAGCUCUGUCCUCAGCUCUCAGCUCUUCAAAUCUAAGAGAACUGGACCUGAAUAACAAUAACCUGCAGGAUUCAGGAGUGGAGCUGCUCUCUGCUGGACUGGAGAAUCCACACUGUAAACUGGAGAUACUGGAGCUGUGUAAAUGUAAAAUUACAGUCGAGGGCUGUGCUGCUCUGGCUUCAGCUCUAAAAUCAAACCCCUCCUCCCAGCUGAGAAAAAUUAAUCUAAACUGUAAUAAUCCAGGAAAGUCAGGAGUGAAGCUGCUCUCUGAUCUACUGGAGGAUCCACACUGUAAACUGGAGGAAUUAGACAUCUGAACACCAUCCACCUGAUCUGCUCUCCCACACAGAGGGCUAUGAGGAGAGGAUGAAGUACAAACGCACGGUGUAUGGUUCUACAUGAGUGUCUGAUUUUGCAUGAAAGUGAAGGAACAAUUGCGACAGGCUCAAAGUGAAAGGUGUACAAAUUUAUUUUCAAUGAAAUGUAAAAAGAGUUUUAAAGUUAUAGACAGAAUUACUGGUUGCAUAAUUAAUUAUACCACAUCAUCACGCCAUCUAAAAUUAGAAACUACCCAUUUCAAGCAUUCCAAAAUGAAAAUGUCAUAUUCAAAGAAAACAUUGCUUUUUAAAGUGUAUCCUAGACAGGGUCGUCGGACCCAUGGUGGAGGGGGGGGGGGUGCUUUCGCCCCACCGCUUUUCAAAGAACUGUGGCAACGCCCAACUACUGUUUGAGUUCAGUUUGUUCAUGUGCUUUCACUAAACUGUAUGAAGCGCUGAUCAGCGUGAGCAGGCAGAGUAAAACUGAGCGGCAGAGCCAAUCAGAAUCUCUAUUUUAGCUGCGAGAUGCUUUCAGACCUCCAAUAACAUCUGUCUGCAGAGCUGCAGCUUCAGCCCAGCAGGCCCAAAGCCAAAGGCAUUCAGAGCAUGUGGCCACACUUGUUUUCAUUGUUAUGUUUUAUGUGGGUUUCCAGUACAUGUGUGAUAAAUUUGCAUUGGGCUAAUGUUAUGUUUUAAGUUUUAGGCUAAAACAGACUUUGGUUUGAAUACAUAUAAAGAUUUAUAGGGUAAAUAUUACACAAACUAUAGCUUAUUUAGCCUGGGUAAGCUAAUGGGUUUGUAGACAUAUGGCUCAAUUUACUUACCCUUGAUAUGGGGGUUUAUUUGUUCACUUACAUUACAUGCACAGGAAUAAAAGUUUACCUUAAGCAGCUUAA